AUGGGAACAUCAGCAGGAAAGGCCAAGGUGGUUGGUACUGUAAUGGGAAUAGGUGGAGCGAUGAUGCUCACCUUCUAUAAGAACAUUGAGAUUCACAUCUGGUCAACGCAUGUCAACCUGAUGCCAAAUAUUAUAAAGCCACACAAUGUGUCUCCCACUAAAAUUUCUGGUUCUUUUCUUGCUUUUGGCACUUGUCUAUCCUAUUCAGUAUGGACAAGAUUUGUCUUCAUCCGUGCUAGUUACCACAAAUACUUAGACUUCAAGAAAGAUACCUUAUUAUACAUCAUAGCCAUUGACGGUUUGUUCUUAUUGGAUUUCUUCCACAAUUAUCUCAAUGAGGAAGUGUCUGGUUCCUUCAUGACAAGAUUACAAGACCAAGUUCAGCUAAGUGGUGUGAAGCUAACCAAGGAUGUCAUCAUAAGGGACAUCAUCAUGGUGGAGAACCAAAUUCCAACCUACAUCUUAGUGAGGAUCUUGGUGCUUGAAAGCUCCAAACCUGCUGAUUCAGUUCUAGAGUUCUUGGGUUUGAUGCUCUUGUCAUUCUGCAAGAAACACUCUCCACUCAAGGUAACUCACAUCCCCACAGGUUCUGAAGCUGUCUCUAAGGGUAAAUAA